CAUUUUUCCUUUUUCUGGGUGGAGGUCUCGUUGUGUCCAUAUUACGCGGGACCGGAGAUCGAAUUCACUGUGCGUUCGUCUUCUUCUUUUGCUUCUUCCCCUAUCCAUUUCUAGGACAACCAGCCUCCUCUUUCUUUCUCUAUCUCGAAUUUGGGGAGCGUUCCGGAUGAAAAGAAGUUCGAUCGAAUGGAGGAAGGUGGACUCUGAGAUGGGAUUGGCGAGGGGUUUGGUUCGAUUUCAGCUUUAUGGGUAACGUGUUCAGGGAGAUAAAUGGUUGAAGGAAAAUAACAAUUAAGAUACAAGCAAAGGUGGAAGGUGCAGAUAGCGUAGUGUUCUGUUGUUGUUGAGCUAGGCAGCAGGGACCGACUGCAGCAGUUGAUUUUGGCACGUAGUUGACUUGUCAGUUGCUGAAACCUCAUUAUUCAACCAGUUAAGGGGAACCACAUCUUCUUUGUAUUGGGAUUUCUAAGAGUUAAAGGCAGCAGCUGCAUUUACUAUACAUUAAAGACGACAGCUAAAGUGAAGAAGUGCCCAAGGGUUUUUCAAUUGCAACAAUGGAUGAUGAUAGUGGGAUUGAAUUGAGCUUGGGUUUGUCAUGUGGUGGAUCUGCUGGAAAAUUCAAGGGUAAAGAAAGUUGUUCAGACCUUAAUGCAGAAGGAGGUAAAAGUAAAUCACUGGUUGGCAAUUUCGAUUCUUCGGGUUCUUCAAUGAAACGUUUUAUCCAAACCCAUGUUGAUAAACAUGGCAAUGGUAUUGGUGGGCAACAGAGAAAUGAUCCAGGAUUGGGUCAGCAGGAAAACUUCUGGACAGAUCUUGGGAAAUGCUCUGCCCAAGAGUCAGAUGCUUCUACAAAUGCACAGGGGGAUUCUUCACGGUUCAUGGGAUUCAGAGAAUCAUGGCUCUCUUCUACCACUAGUCUGAAGAGUUUGGAUAGGCCAGCAGGUAUAGGUGAAGAGAAGAUAGAACAACAUGACCUUGGUGUGAGAUUAUGGCCAGGGGUUACUGCAAAGCGUAAGAUGCCAUUUGAAGAGCUGGAAAAUCAAAAGAAACAAGAAAAGGAGACUGAAUUCAAUGAUGCACAUGGUAAGAGUGCUUCUGGUGUUUCACUAAUGAAGAAUUUUACUGUCUCCAUUUCAGCAAAAGACAACCACACUUCUGAGAAUGAGGAUGUUGCAGAGUCAGAAGGCGAGGGUUCGACAACCAGGGCUGUCUCGUCGCUAGGGAGGGAUGGUUUGAAAAGAUUUAUUGGCAUUGGCUCUGAUUCUUCAAACCGGAAGGAUUCACAAGGAUUCAUUGAUUCAGGUAUAGCGGGCAGCCAAGGUUCUGCACUAAAGCAGCCUCUUUCUAUGGCAAGUGAGUCCAAAGUUGAGCUUGGAAAUCUUGGAUACGGGAUUCCAUUUUCUCGUCAGCCUCUUUCAGUUGUAAGUGUUCCUUAUGCGUCAUCCGGCAAGACACCUACUUCAGCAGCAAAUGCUUCGACAUCUGGUUUCUCAUGUAUGCAACUAAUGCUACCCAGUAAAAACAAUGAAGGAGUUAAUGUUCAACAGAUAAGUUCAGGUAGUUUUCAGCUUACUUUUGGUUACUCUCCUGGCCAGCUUCCAGCGAUGGAACCAGGUUCCGCUUUGGGAGGGUUUCUGCAUUCUCCUCAGUUAUCUGCAUCAGGGAACAAGUGCCUAGGAGAGGGGGUUCUUGGUGCAGAACAUGUUGAAGACCAACGGAGGUCAUCACCAGGUGGCUUGCCUCGUGGCUCAUCUGAAACGUCUACCUAUGAAGUAAAAUUGCCAGACCUUGCCAAGAACGCAGGCAAACGUCCAUUGCCAGAAAUGGCUGGCAUGUCUUCCUCUUCUCAGGGCGAGGAUAUCACGAAAGCUGAUAAUCCCAAGGAAGCUACUGGACCUUCAGAUUUGGAAAGUUUUCUUCAUGAAAUGCCUGGGAUUAGGCCGGGCAUUGCUGCUGCAAUAAAAUUUGGUGGAAAUGGUUCAUAUCCAGAUCUUCCAUGGGUUUCAACAACUGGUUCAGGUCCAAAUGGGAGGACUAUUUCAGGAGCAGUCUACAGGUUUGGCAGAAAAGAAAUUAGAAUCGUCUGUGCAUGCCAUGGCACUCAUCUUACUCCUGAUGAGUUUGUGCAGCAUGCUGCUGCCGACACUCCAAACCAUGAAGGCAACCAGGGGUUGUCAUCAUUUCCUUCUGGGAAUCAGGCGGCAUCAGCCAAAAGCUGAUUCCUCUCUUAGUUAGCGCUGUUGUGUUUUGAAGGUAAAUUCUAUGUCUAUGUCCUUGUGUUUCCCACUGAAAUUUUAAAUUUUUUUGUGUUUAUUGCAUUCCUUUUUGCGUGUAUCUUUUUUUCCCCCUCUACAACAGAGAAACUGCUUUUGGGGCGGGAAACCUAAGUUUGUCGACCAGAGGUACUCAGGGUCAACUCUCCAACCGUGUAAACUCCAAGAUGAGGGCCCUCAACACUUCUCUUGUCCAUUAAUUAUACCAACCAAUUCUUUGAAGCGGACUUCUUGUCAACGGAACGUUCUAUUAUGGUUUUA